AUGCCAAACUCGCUUGGUGAUAGCUUUGUUAAGGACGGGCCCUGGAAAGCAGACCUUUUCCAGGGAAAAGUUGCAUUCGUGACAGGCGGCGCUGGAACCAUAUGUCGGGUUCAAACAGAAGCUCUGGUUCUUUUGGGAUGCAAAGCAGCGAUCGUCGGAAGAAACCCCGAGAAAACUUUGGAGGCCGCUCGCGAAAUAUCAAAGCUGAGCCCUCGCCGCGACAGCACGGAGAAUGACAGCGUCGGGGGAGAUAGUGUCUUGGCCAUCCACAGCGUGGAUGUUCGAGAGAUCGGGCAGCUGGAACAGGCUGUUGCGCGCACGGUUGAGAGAUUCGGGCGUAUCGACUUUGUCAUCGCUGGCGCUGCAGGCAACUUCAUCGCCCCGUUUUCGCAGCUGUCAGCAAACGCCUUCAAAUCUGUCGUCUCGAUCGACUUACUGGGAAGCUUCAACACGGCCAAGGCGUGCCUAGCGGAGCUCAAGAAAAAUAAGGGAGCUAUCCUGUUUGUGUCCGCCACUUUUCACUACUACGGCGUGCCGUUCCAGAGCCACGUCGGAGCUGCCAAGGCCGGGGUCGACGCCCUUUCCAACGCGCUGGCCGUAGAACUUGGAGUGUCUGGCAUUCGCAGCAACUGCAUAGCUCCGGGAGUCAUCGAGGGCACCGAAGGGGUCUCCAGGCUUACCGGCAACGUCUCAGAGGAACAAAUACGCUCAAAGAUCCCGCUGCAGCGCUUUGGCACCACCAGAGACAUCGCUGAAACCACAGUCUACUUGUUUUCAGAUGCAGCAAAAUACGUGACCGGCACGGUGCAUAUUGUUGAUGGCGGCAUGUGGCAUCUAGGAACGCACUUUGGCCGUGAUUUAUAUCCUCAGAACCUGCUUACCGAGGAAAAUGCUAAAUUAUGA